CCCAUUUUUUCCUUUUCAUCUACUAACGAUUAAGGUUAAUGUGUCAGUCUCCACGCAUCCAUCCGCCUGAUCACACAUUUAUAGCGAGAUCUUCGAGGCUCAGAGAGUCUAAUUUUUGAGGUGGAAGAAAUCUCAUAAUGGCAUUUGAGAAGAUUAAGAUAAGAAGCUAUGACUGGGAAAUUGAUAAAGUUAGGGUCGAAGAUCUUGAAAGAGGAUGCGAGGUAGGGCCAGCAGAACAUGUUUUCCUCUUCACGGAUACUAUGGGAGACCCCAUCUCUAGAAUCCGCAAUAGUCCGAUGUACAACAUGCUGGUGGCCGAGUUGAACGAUGAGAUAAUUGGUGUGAUUCAAGGCUCCAUCAAGGUUGUUACGCUUCAUACGUCUCCAAAGAAUCAUCUGGCCAAGGUGGGCUAUAUCUUGGGCUUGAGGGUGGCGCCGCGCCACAGACGAAAAGGGAUAGCUCUAAGCCUUGUGCAUCACAUGGAGGAAUGGUUCAUCAGCCAUCAGGUCGAGUAUGCAUACAUGGCCACGGAGAAAGACAACCAAGCCUCCAUCAACCUCUUCGUCAAUAAACUCGGCUACCUCGAGUUCAGAACCCCAGUUAUCCUCGUCCACCCGGUGUACAACCGUUCCUUCCGUUUAUCAUCGAGUGUUGAGAUAAUGAAGUUAAAGGUCGACCAGGCCGAGUUUCUUUACCGCAAGUUCAUGAGUUCGACUGAAUUCUUCCCCCACGACAUCAACAGAGUACUGAGAAACAAGCUGAGCUUGGGCACGUGGGUGGCCUACUUUCGUCGAGGUGAUCACGAGUCGCCCAGCGGGGGGUUCGGAUUGGACGGAGGAAUUCCAAAUAGCUGGGCAAUGAUGAGUGUAUGGAGAAGCACGGAAGUCAUAAAGCUGAGGGUAGGAAAACCAACCUUGUCCUGCAUGUUUUAUGCGAAGAGCUCAAGAAUGCUGGAAAGUGUGCUCCCAUGCUUUAGAGUGCCGUCACUUCCUGAUUUCUCCGAAAAUCCCUUUGGGUUUUACUUCAUUUACGGAUUUCACCGUGAAGGGCCUUCGUCGGGGAAGCUGGUCCGGACGCUCUGCAGAUUCGUGCACAAUUUGGCUAGGGAGUCUGAUGGGAAGGACGAGUGCAAGGUGAUUGUGACGGAAGUUGGAGGCUGCGAUGAGCUGAAGCUUCACAUCCCGCAUUGGAAGUUACUGUCUUGUCCUGAAGAUUUGUGGUGCAUAAAAGCCUUGAAAUUUUAUGAAGACGCAAAAACCACCCUCGGCAAUGAAGCCCCACCACCAAAAUCAAAUCCUCUUUUUGUAGACCCGAGAGAGGUCUGAGCCAUAAGAGAGGAGAAUUUUCCUAAACACCCUGCGUUGCAAUUCUCGGAUUUGGGCAAAAUGGCAAAAUUUGCGAAACGUCUUGUAUGUACUGUCCGAUAAGACCAUCCAUCCCUGCUGUGUCUCUAAACAGUCUCUGACCAGUGGCGUGGUGGAAGCUUUUGUCUUGUUGCUUUCAUAGUUAUGAUCCGAGUAUCUCUUUACAGAUUUCCUUAAUUGGGUGCCUCCCUCUUCGUGUCUUUGUUGGCAAGUGAAGGUCCUCAGCCUCGUGAGUUGUUGGACUAAUCAUGCAGUCACUUGUCUCGCUCCACAUUUGUCUCAUUUGAUCAUUCCUCAUCAUACAUAUCCGGGUAAAAGUAGAUGUCUACUUUUAGAUCA